AUGGGGCAGGGAGAUGGCGACGACGACUGCAUCCGCAAUACAACUUUCUGUGUGAGAUUUCCGCCUAUUGCCACUGGGGGCGAAAAGGGGUUUCCAGCCGGAGAGGGGUUCCUCCAUCUUCUGGCGCAUCUUCGGCGUCUGAAUUUAUACAAGAUUGCAAAUCCCCUCCGCGAUUACAGCAAUUAUGUGGCUUUCGGAGGGAGUGCAACGUGCAACUUGACGCCUCAUUUGCCCGAACUUCCGCCGACGUCCGACAUCCGAGGCGACCCAAGCAAAGUGAGAAUGGCUAUCUGCGGCGCCGGUCCCACCUUAAUGGUAAUGAUCCUGACAGUGAUUUUAACACUAUGUCAUUCAACGGAUACCUGGCAGCGCCUACCGUCUCUGGAAACCUUCUCCUCAUAUGAGGAUAUGCAGCGAUACUUUGAUCAGCGUAAUUUGCGUAGCAUGCGGCAUAUUGACAAUCCCACGGACGAUAGUUACCUGGCGGCGUUUAAUCAGUACAACGAGCAGCUGGAGGAUCGGAAUCCUAAGCGGGGGGCAACAGUUCACUCCAGGAUAAAACGCGAGCAGCGCCAACUGCCCACGGCACCAAGAAUGUUGAGCUUCGAGCUGGCGGAUGCCGUGGAGCCGAGUCCGGAACUUAAGCAAAUCCUGCGGAAAUAUCAUGCCAGAGCCCUGAAGGAAGAUCCCGCUUUCAUGAGUUCAGUCAGUACUACUCAGGUCCCUCCACCUGCUGACAGUACCACAAAGAGUGCAAAAGUAAUCUCCCGAAAACCUCGUCGUCAGAGGCGAUCGGCUGUUGGAGCCCAGCAACCAGCCGAUUUUAAAGUCCAGAUGAUUCCUUUUGAGGAAACAGACGCCAGAGAACCCGACCCCGUGACAGCCCAACUUAUCAAGAAGGCUCGCACCCUAGAUCUGCAAAGUCAGGCAACUAGAUCCUCAGACUUUCGACAGCCAAAUCCCCAAGUGGCUAGAAAGAAGCCCUUCCAAGUGAGGAUUCGCAAAACGAAGCGUUCAAAGCGCUCCGCUCCGCAGAUGCUGAAGUUUGAGUUGGCGGAUGCCAAGCCCUUGCCCCAAAGAGCGGGAAAGCAGUUCUCAUCUGAGAGUGUACCCACCCUGCUGACGAUGGAAGCCCAGGCCAGAAAUAAGACCCACCUUCCGCAGUUGACCACACCCACACCUCGUGUAGAGGACAACGAUAUACUAACGGGAGAGGCCACAGCGGAAGCCAAGCGCAUGUAUGUUUAUAAGGAGUCACCUCUCACUUCCGGACAAGUGAAAACGAAGAAAUCCUUGAGCACUCUGCCCCAUGAAGUUCAAAAGGUUAUCGGCCGGCUGAUGAAGGAUGGACUGGGUGGUAAGGCGUAUGUAAAGUAUCUUCCUGCCCAGAAAUCCGACUACGAGCACUACAAAGCCAAGCCCCUAUCCUAUGGACCUAAGCCUUUGGGUAACUAUAUUAAGUACAUCAACAAACCGGCAGAACCAUCGGCAGCUCCAGCUCCCGUCCAAGUGCACAUCCAACCAGUUCCUGUGGUGGAGCAACUACGUUACGUAUAUAAGCCCAGCUUUGAGGCAGCUGCUCCCACAAUAGCCCAACCCAUUGUGGUCCAGGAGGCGCCAGCUCCCACAGUGGCAGUGGAGGAAGUGCACCACACAUACACCGCAGAGCUGACACCACCGCCCACCCAAAACCUAGAGGUGAUUGUGCCACAGUUCAGGCCCUCCAAGCCAGACCCUCUACUGGCUGAAGCUCCUGCCAUCUACGGAAAGCCCCAGGAGUCCUACAACUACGAUGUCCCGCAGGAGGCUUCCCCCCUGAUCAAGAUCGAGUACCAUGCCCAGCCGGAUGGCCUCAAGGAGCACUACAAGCAGCUGCCGGAGUUCCAGCAAUUGUCCACCCUUAUUGGCAAGUCCCCAGAUGACCAGAUCCACGGAUUAACCUACCUGCUGGCCAAGGAAAUGCAAGCCAAGUUGCUGAGGCAGGGAAAACAUCUUUUGGAUCGUCCUCAGGAUAGUACGGCACCGAUCCUAUUCCACCCAGGACAAGGACCAUCUCCGGCACCUACUCUCAAAACCCUGUUGGAUCACGGAUCUCUGGGCAUCCAGCCCGGCCGGCUAAUCGGUAUGGCCAAAACCAAGCAGUAUGUGCCCAUUAUUGAGCCGGGCAACAAUGAUGUCAAGGAACUGCCGGCGGUUUCCAGCAGCGAGGCAUCGAAGCUGCCUACACCAAGUUCCUACAUCGAUUACAGCCACGGACAUGGUCUGUCAAAUGGAUAUGAGGGCGUGGCCAAUGUUGAGGAACCGGUGUCGACGGUGGAGCAUGUGGUGCACCACCCCACGGUGGCCUCCCAGCUGCUCCACCAGCACCAGAUCCAACAGAACACCCAGCAGCAACACCACGAACUUGUGGCCACCGUCCUGCCGGCGGAACUGGAUGCCGACAAGGGCGUGAAUGGUCUGCACUUUGUGCACAGCCAGGAGGACAAGUCGCUGCAGCAGUACGCCUCAAAGUAUGCGUUCGGUUAUCGCAUACGUGAUUUCCAUACCGGCAACGAUUUUGGCCACAAGCAGAAUCGUGAUCUCCACGGCGUGACACGCGGCCAGUACCACAUCCUUCUGCCGGACGGAAGGAUCCAGAACGUUAUCUACCACGCCGAUGACACGGGCUUCCAUGCGGAUGUCAGCUUCGAGAGCGGAGCAAAUCAUUGAUUCUGGUCUGCACCAAGCGGUUCAAUGUGGAGCCUUACUUAAGCUAGUAAUAACCUAACCAUAAUUCAAUAACCUACAGACUCGUUGAUGAGCAAUCUAAUUGGCUAAUGGUUUUCACAGGCUAUGCGAAAAAGUAAGGCAAGAGGCGAAGAAUUCUUUAAAAAACACUAAUUUGUUGAAAUAGCAAACGAUUUUAAUUCAAGUAACAACAUCAAAAUUCAUAGAUUAAGAAUACAAUUUUUCAAACUAAGUUCAGAUAAAACUUGCUAAGACGAACAACCAAAAUCUGUUGAUUUUCGGAAACAAUUUUCGAUUUCCUUCGACCUUUUCGUUCCUUAAAAUAAAGGAUCAUAUUGUUGACUCCUUCUAAGCUAACUUUUAACACCUAAAAAACAGAGAAUUGAGCAUCGCAGAGAUUACUGUAUUUAAAGCGGCCCUCUAAGUCGCAUGUACAAUUUGUAAAACAAUUGUGCACAGAACAUUCGCCUAGAUUGGCCUAUUCAUUGUUUUAUUGUUCAACUAAAUUCCAAAUAAUGGCAAUCUGCAUUUUCCGUUCUUGUUCAAAUGCUAUUAUAGAUAUUAAGUGAUUUCCAUCUCAUUUCUGGUUACUUGAGCACUGCUCAAAUUAGUUUAAGCUCAUAAAAAAUGUAUGUUAAAUUAAGGAGCCAGUGCAAUAGCGCAUGCAAGCAAUGCCAACCAAUGUGUU